GUAUAUAAGGCAGCAGUUGCAUUAACGCCUGACUUCUCAGACUGAACGGAGUUAAAAUCGAGAAAUAUAAUAAAGUCCUAAGAUGAACGUUGGUCCAGAGUCGACUAGACUGGUGUGUCCCAACUGCCAGAUGGAGGUGAUGACUAAGGCGACGGCAAUAACGACAACAAAAACGCAUUUAAUUGCGAUUCUUAUGUGCUUAUUUUGCUGCUGGAUCUGUGCUCCGGUGGUUUAUUGCACGGACUGCGCCCGAAGCAUCGAACACACUUGCCCCUCGUGCAACAACUAUAUUGGCACAUACGAUCGCUGAUACUCCUAAGAAAAAAAGUAUUAGGUUUUCGGGUAAAGUGAGU